GUAACAUAUAUCUUAGUGCCUCUUUUUUGUCGUAUAUUAUUUCACAACAACACUACCAACAUAGAUUUUCAUCUUCAUCAUUUGAAAAAUGGAUUCUCAUCAUCAUGAUUAUGAGUUUGAAGCAUGUUUCUUAGAGAAUGGAGGAAACAUUAAAGGAAUUGUGAGCAAAGAAACUAUGAAACAUGGUAGAACAGCACAUAACAUGUCAUCAUCUUCAUUGCGUAAGAAAUCUGACCUAACUCUUGUCUCCAAAGUUCGCUAUGGAUUCCUUAGAAAAGUUUUGGCCAAUUUCCAAGAGGUUAUUCUUGGAACAAAACUUUCAAUUCUGUUUCCAACCAUUCCUUUUGCUAUUAUAGCUCAAUGCUAUGGAUUUUCAAGACCUUGGGUUUUUGCAUGGAGCUUACUUGGUCUUAUCCCUCUGGCUGAACGAGUCAGUUUCUUAACAGAACAGAUAUCUUACUACACAGGUCCCACAGUGGGAGGACUUUUGAAUGCAACAUGUGGGAAUGCUACAGAACUCAUCAUUGCAAUAUUUGCACUUAGCAAUAACAAAAUUGAUGUGGUCAAGUAUUCUCUCCUUGGUUCCAUACUCUCCAACCUUCUUCUUGUUCUUGGAACCUCUCUAUUAUGUGGUGGCAUUGCAAACCUAAGAGCAGAACAAAAAUAUGACAGAAGACAGGCAGAUAUAAAUUUGCUUAUGCUUCUUGUGGCAUUGUCUUGUCACUUAGUGCCAUUGCUGUUCCAAUAUGGUGACGCUUCAUUGGCUGUCAAUGCAAACUCAUCUCUGCAGUUUUCGCGAGCCGCUAGCAUUGUGAUGGUGAUUGCAUAUUUUGCAUACCUUUUCUUCCAACUAUGGACUCACCGACAAUUAUUUGAAGCACAAGAUGAAGAUGAUGAAGAUUGUGAAAAUGCUUCAGAAGAAGCAGUUAUAGGAUUUUGGAGUGGAUUUGCUUGGCUUGUUAUUAUGACUGUGUUCAUUGCUAUUUUGUCUGAAUAUGUGGUUGACACUAUUCAGGAUGCAUCAGAUUCAUGGGGUCUAUCUGUCAGCUUCCUCAGCAUAAUCAUGCUACCUAUAGUUGGCAAUGCAGCUGAACAUGCAGGAGCAAUCAUAUUUGCUUUCAAGAACAAACUGGAUAUAUCUUUGGGUGUUGCUUUAGGUUCUGCAACUCAAAUUGGAAUGUUUGUGGUUCCCUUAUGUGUGAUUGUUGCUUGGAUUCUUGGUAUCAAAAUGGACCUCAAUUUCAACCUCCUAGAAACAGGUUCUCUUGCUUUGGCAAUAAUAACCACAGGCUUCACAUUACAGGAUGGAACUUCUCACUACUUGAAAGGCAUUAUUCUCUUGCUCUUGUACAUUGUUAUUGGUGCCUGCUUUUUUGUACAAAAAACAGCCUCCGACCAUGCUGAUAUUGCUAACAUAAUGCUUCUUCAUUCACCAACUGAUGCCAAAUUUAGAGCUUAAUAGGUAACUUCAUGUUACCUAUUAAGGCUAUAUGGAAUGAACUGCAUGAAUAUGCUUGCAGGCUUUGGCACAUAAUAAUUUUCUUGCACUAAAUUUAGAGCUUACUUACUAUGGUCUUUUGGAGGUGAAACGUAGCUGCAGCAAGCAAACUAAUAUGAUAAUAAUUACUGUAUUUAUUAUUUUGUAACUUUUGUUCCAUUAGUUAUAGUCAUCUCUAGAAAGAUAACUAGUUUGUGUACAUAGAACUUUUCAAAAGGCUCCUGUGAAAAUAUCUAACUCAUUCAAAAUAUGAGUUUUUGUUUUUUGUAAUUUGAGGUUGUGAGUUAGAAUUAUGUUUUUAUUCAUGAUAUUUGAACACAAGAAAUUCCCUUAAACCAA